AUGGUGGCUACUGUAACGUCAAACUCGAAGCUACCUUCACCAAACCCAAAGCGGACGCCAUUGCUGCCUUCAGAUCCCGGUAAUGGAACUUUGCGCCGGCCAAAAGCACGUGAAGUCACUUCUCGCUACUUGUCUGUACAAAUUUCGCCUUCUUCCAAUUCUUCGUCGUCAAGUUCUAGCACUAGCACGACGUCGUCUUCAAAUACUACCGGAUCAUUGCCGGCAGUCUCGUCGAAAAGGUACCAAUCGCCGGUGGUUAGUAGAGCGGGGGUGACGGCGCCGCGGAAUACAGAGAGGGCGGUGUCUGUGGAUAGGAGGCGGCCGGUGGCUGUGGAGGAAACGCCGUCGAAUGCGGAGAGGAUGCUGGUGACGUCGAUGAGGAGUUUGUCAGUGUCGUUCCAGGGAGAAUCGAUUUCGGUACCAGUGAGUAAGGCGAAGACUGCGGGAGGUGUGGGGACUCCGGGUGGUGAUUUGAGGAAAUUUACGCCGGAAAGGAGGAAGUUGACGCCAGCGUCGCCAGUGAGGUACCAGCGGGAGAGGGAGAAUUCGAGGCCAAGUGAUCAGCAGCAGCACCGCUGGCCGGGGAGAUUACGGAGAGACAAUUCGAGUUUCUUGACCCAAAGUUUAGAUUAUGGCGCCGAGAGAACUAAAUUGAAUGGAUCUGGGACUGCAAGCAAAGAAUUGAGGAAAUCUAUGAUUGAUGACAAUAGUAAAAAUAAGUUUGGUGUUACAUUGAAGCCUGAGAAUUGUAAUUCUGUGGUUAAAAUGACUAAUAAAAUGGAAUUUGGAUCAAAUCUAUCUAUUCCAGUGAAUUCAGAUACUGAGACCGUUUCAUUGGAGAGUAUUGAGAAUGGGAGUAUGGCUCAAUUGAGAGGAGUGCAACGGGGGGUGGUUGUUCCUGCGCGAGUCUGGCAAGAGCCGAAUAGGAUUCAGAAAGUACCAGACCCGUAUUCACCGAGGUCAAAAACGAGUGGAUUGAAUAGAACAACAGGUCCUUCAAAAUUAAUUGGUGCAAACAAAGUUUCGAUUGAGAGUCCUGCAUCAUUUCCUAGGGGAUUUUCACCACUUCAAGGGGGCAUGAGGCCAGCAUCACCGAGUAAGUUGUCUAUGACGACUUCUACUCCAUUGAGGGGGAUUGAUAGUCCGUUGAGAAUAAGAAAUGGAGUGGGGAACGUGUCGAGUGAUAAUAAUGCAAGCAGUAUUUUGUCAAUGAUGACCUUUAUCACUGAUGUGAGGAGAGGAAAGUUGGGGGAGAGUCGGAUUAUUGAUGCACAUGACCUUAGGCUACUGUAUAACCGGCAGUUGCAGUGGCGAUUUGCGAAUGCAAGAGCUGAGAAAUCGCUGUUAGUACAGAAAGAGAUGGCAGAGAGAAGUCUAUAUAAUGCAUGGAUAUCUACUACCAAAAUGCGACGUUCUGUCAAGUUCAAGAGAAUUGAAUUACAAUUAUUGAGACAUAAUCUGAUGCUAUAUUCCAUCCUAAAGGGACAGGAACCAUAUUUAGAAAAAUGGGAUCUGAUCGAUGUAGAUCACAGCAAUGCAGUAUGUGGUGCUAAAGAGGCAUUAGAAGCCAGCAUUAUCCGCCUUCCUGUUGUCGCUGGUGCAAGGGCUAAUGUGCAGAAUGUAGAAGAGGCCAUUUCUUCAGCAGUUGAUGUCAUGCAAACAAUGGCAUCUUCAAUAUGCUCUUUGUUAACAAAGGUUGAGCAGAUGAACUGUUUGGUUUGUGAACUUGCCAACCUAAGCGCAAGAGAGCACAGUUUACUUGAUGAAUGCAAAGAUUCAUUGUCAACAAGAUUCCUACCCUUGCAGGUGAUGCAUUGUAGCCUAAGGAUCCAGUUAUUACAAUUACAACGUGUACAUGCAAGUUCAACAAAGGAACUGUAA